AUGUCAGACUCUGAGCGAUUACUCAAUAAUGGUGCAACUUCAAGAGAAAAUGAUGAAUCAAGAGCAGAUGGUGAUACUGCUGUUGGUGUUUCUGAUCGUGAAGCAUAUUUUCAAGCUCUUCGACUUUGGAUACAGCAAGCGCAAAUGUACCAAAACUUCUCCACUUGCUUCCCUUAUUACAUGAUGACUUUUCAAGGGCUUCACAAUAAUCCAACAAAUGUACCACUUUUGAAUAAUAACUACCAGUUUCAAGGACACCAGUUCCCAUUUCAAGUACCAAAUCCUAGACCAACUCCGGAAAACCCACAUCCAGCUGAACCUCUUACACCUGCUGAAGUUAUUACCAGGAAUGGAGGUUAUGAGUAUAUCAUACCACCACUCUACAAACGAUUGUUAGCUGAAUUUAUUGAUUUCAUGCUACUGUUUAUUCUUAAACUUAUUGUAACAUUCAUAGCAGUGGAUAUGUUUGAGUUAAUAGAUCUUGAGAAAUUUGACUUCUACAAGUUUAGUGAACACUACGAUGAUUACAAGUAUGCAAUGGAACUGACUUCUGAAAUUUUAUUUUUGGAAAUUAUUUACAGGAUUUUAGUUUGUAUUUUUGAGGCAUUUUGUUUAAGCGGCAGUGUAGGUCGCACAGGAGGUGCUACGCCAGGAAAGGCCUUACUUGGUCUCAGGGUAGUUACUGCAUCUGCUGUUAUUCCAGUUGAAGGUAGACCCAAGGAAACCGUGCUGUUAUAUCCAGGAAGACCGCUUAGUUUCUUCCUAGCUUUAAUUCGGCCGCUAGCACUAGCAGUCACCGCGUGCAUAGAUUACCGCGUGGACGCCGUGCAGACCGCUUGCUUGCAUCGCGUGGUCAACGAGGCAUCGACUACCGAGCGAUCCUGA